AUGACCACCGUGGCGGCCGCGAGCCGCGGAAAACGGCCGCACGAGGACGCCGGGCCUGCGGCGCUGGGCGCCGCGGAGGACGAUGGUGGGGGCAACGGUCACCUGCCCGGGGAGCUCGUGCACGCGGUGUGGAUCCUGCCGCCGAGCAGAAAGGGCCACCUGUCGACACAGAAGCAGGGGAGCAUCGUCGUUACGGAGGACACGCGCCCGGUCCCGACGGUGGACGCCCUGAAGGACCAAUUCCUCAACGCCUACCGGAGCUCAUGCCCCGAGCUCGCGGAGCUGACUGCGAGUGACCUGGGCGACCUCCAGACGCUCAAGGGCAGGGUCGUGACGGACCUGGAGGCCUACUUCGAGGAGCUGGCGGCGGGCAGUGCCCCCCGGUUCCGCAGGUCGGUGCUCAAGACUCCAGUGGGCGGCGUGCUGGACGGCGCGGGCCUGGACCGGCAGCUGCGGUUCAGCAAGCUGGACGUCGGCACGUACGAGAUCAUCGUGCCGCGGUUCGCGGAGAGGCACGAGGAGAGCCUCGCGGACAACUACAACGAGGCGACGGCGCUGCAGGAGAAGCUGCACAACUCCAUCCAGGCGUGCAUGAACGCGAUGGCGCCCGGGACGAUCCUGCAUGAGUCGGAGUUCAUGCCGAUGAUCGAGAUCCGCGUGGAGACGUGCGACAAGGAGGACGGGAAGCCGUGGAUCGAGAUCCGCGACAACGGCGAGGGCAUGACCUACGACGACAUCGACCGCAACAUGUACACCGUGGGGUCCGGGAGCAACCGCCGGAAGGACGUCAGCGUGCGGCAGCCCAAGCGCUUCCAGGACAUGAUGACCGGGCAGAUCUCGCGCGCCGGCAUGGGCGGCACCCUCACCAACUCCUUCUUCCGCGCCGACUGCAAGGCCUGGUCGUUCCCGCUCAAGGGGACCGCCUGGGGAGAGGGCGAGGGGACGUACACGGGCGGGGAGUGCACGCUGUACGCGCCGCGCGGCGCCGAGAGAGAGCACCCCUCGAAGCGUCCGCUGCGCAGCGACGAGAUGCGGAAGCACCUCAUCGCCACGUCGGAGCACGGGACCACCAUGCGCCUGCACAACCUCAAGAUCGACGGCGAGGUCGACGCCGAGGGCCGCGUCACGCGCAAGCCGCUCCUGUGGAACCGGCCGGAGUACGACUGCAUUCCGAACCACUCCGACCGCGUCUCCGUGGCCCUGGAGGACCUGGCGUGCAUCCUGGCCAACCUCAACUUCAUGUACCUCGUGCCGGUGGACAAGCUGGCGGCGCUGCUGGAGGAGAAGAUGGACGUGGUCUUCAACGAGGAGUUCGUCGCGGGCGCGUCGGCGUACGGCGGGCGGGGGCGCUCCCCGCGCGAGGAGGCCAAGCGGCACGCGGAGGCCUUCGCGUCGUUCCUGCUCGAGAGCCGGAGCAAGCCCGGGUCGGACCGCCCGACGGUGGCGUGCUCGCUGGUGUGGCAGCACGAGGGCGCGCAGCAGCGGCGGUGGGACCUCGGGGAGCUCGCGGAGGAGGGCUACAUCAUGCGCAUGCUGCACCGCUGCGAGGCGCUGGCGCCGCUGCUGCUGGACUUCGAGGUCGACCACCGCGUGCGCGGCGUGCCGGGGCCCGCGAAGAAGGCGCGCGCGGACCAGGGCGGCGCGGCGGCGGGCGAGGAGAGCAUCCAGGCGUUCCUGCUGGUGCUGUUCGGGGGCGCGGACGACGCAGCGCCGGCGGCGUCGAUCGAGCUGCUGGACGACAGCGACGACGACGAGGUGUCGCUGCGGGAGGCGAGCAACAUGCACGCGGCGCGCCCGACGCCGUACGCGCUGCUGCCGAGGGUCCUGGAGGAGCGGCGGCGCGCGGGGUGCGGGCUGAUGGCGGACCGCCUGUGCCAGGUGGUGUGGGAGGGCGUGGCGAUGCGGGCGGACACGCUCGAGCUGGGCAAGGCGCUCGACAGGCUCGGCACGGCGUGCGGGGGGCGCGAGAACGCGCUGCGGUGCGUGCUGCUGGCGACGGGCGCGGUGCCGGUGAACGACCACAAGACGGGCCUGGAGACGACCAAGGUGCACGCCGCGGACAUCAACCAGCUGAUCAAGACGAAGAUCGAGCACGCGCUCGCGGGGCCCAAGAACAAGACCGCGGAGGUGAUGGCGGAGUUCGUGCGCAAGUGCAUCGAGCGGAACGAGUCGGUGCGCGUGGUUCAGGGCGCGCUGGUCAAGUACAGCAAGACGAGCGCCACGUUCAAUGUUGGGUCGGAGGUCGUGCUCUCGCUCAAGGACGGCGCGAGCAACGACGACGCGGACCUCGCCGCGCUCUUCGCCGGCGACGGCAAGGGCACGCAGCCCAUCUUCCGCCUGCUGCACGCGGAGGAGAGGGACGUGGACACGGGGCGCCGGAAGGUCAUGAAGGUCGUGGUCAAACUCGCGCUGCUGCUGCCCGGCGACGGCCAGGACAGGGUCGAGGUCGUCGCGGACGGCAAGAAGCGCCAGAUGCGCCUGACGCAAGAGGCUGCGCAGCUCCUCGCGGACCGCUGCUUGCGGAAGCCCCAGACGUACACGGUGGUGCUGGCGGACGACAACCAGCUGUGCUACUCCGCGCUGCGCCCGCCCACCAUGGAGGACCUCGAGAACUACACGGUGGCGCUGAACGAGCUGCCCACGCUGCAGCUGGCGCUGUCCAAGAAGUCGGGCGACGUGCCGAAGCUGCAGGGGAACGGGCACGUAACAAUCGCGCAGCAACAGGCGAUCGAGUUCGCCAAACUCGGGACCCGGAACGCGCCGGCGAGGUACCUGUGCCUGCGGCGCGCCAAGGUGGUCUCGGGCGCGCGGCUGGUGAAGGGGGACCUCGACCUGCCGGACAGUGGCGCGGGCGUGUGGCUGCUGAAGAUGCUCGAGAUGGUCAAGGUCGCCGUGAUCGUCGACGGCGAGCCGUGCGCCCUCAGGGACACCGAGUACGGGUUCGAGUUCGAGUCCUUCAGGAAGAAGGGCGUCGAUCACAAGGAGCUCAUGAUCGUCCUGAAGGACACGGCGCUGCAGCGCGUCCCGCCGCUGAGGCAGCUCAAGUGCGGGAAGCACGAGGUCGCGUUCGGCGUGGCGGCGCCGGGGCAGAAGGUGCCCCCCCGCCUCGUCGGUCCUCCGCUCGAAGUCCAGGUGGAGACGCAGAAGUUCGACCUCGCGAAGCACGGCGACGUGGCGAAGAUGGUGGUGGAGAACAUCACGAGGCAGGACGGCACGGAGUGCGCCCGGGGCGAGCGCUACGUCAUCAACGCGGACGACCGGCUGAUCAUGCGGUUCAGACUGCAGGUCGACUUUGAGGGGAACGACAACUACGUGCCCGUCCUGCUGCCCCGCGCGGACGACGAGGACCGCGUCAAGCUGAUCGCUACGUCGUGCAAGCCGGCGCUCCUGCGGACAGCGCCCCCUGCCGUGGUGUACGGCGACGAGGAGGACGAGGACGAGGGGUGCAUGGAUAUUGAGCUCCACGGGGUGCAGUUCGACGACACCGUGCGGCUGGCUCAGGAGGACCGCAUCGAGUUCUGCUUCAAGAUCAUCCCCAGGAAAGCGGAGCGACACGUCGACCCCAUAGAGGUCAAGGCCGUGUGCGAGAAGGUCCGGUUCCGUAUGGCCCCGGGCAACAUCGCGUUCGACGCCCGUCUCCUGCGCUCGGGCGUGUGGAACCACCAGUCGCUGGUGCGCCCCGCGGACGAGCUGCCCGCGGGCGUGAGCGACGCCGGGGACGGCGACGCGGGAUCAAAGAUGAGCUUCCGCAUCGUCUCGAUCCACGAGGAGGACGUCGAGGUGUCGGGCAAGCUGCGGCUGGCGGGAGGCGCGGUGUGCCACAGCAGCCGCCUGGCCGCGGAGGCCCUGAGCGUGAACCCGAACACGAACGAGCAGGACCGGAGCAGCACCGUCGCGGAGGUCUCGGCGCAGGACCUGACCGUGCUGAACCCGCUGUCGGGCCCGGACCCCCCCUUUGGCGCGCUGGAGGGCGACAUCGGCAAGUACGUGGGGCGCGGGGACUUCACGGCGGAGAACCUGAGCAAGCUGGGCGUCGGGCAGGUGGUGCGCCUGUCCGGGGACCACGUCGACAACGUGGAGGCGUACAUGGUGCGCAUGCUGGUCCCGGACGCGCGCGGGGGCAAGAAGAGGAAGCUGACGCCGAAGAGCCUGGAGGCGCGCGUGCGCUGGCUCGUUCUCAUGGCCGGGGACUACGUGCUCGUCGACGACGACGGCGAGGAGCGGCUGGUGCUGGUGUCGGGCAUCGAGGAGGCCGAGGUGCGCCAACUCGAGGAGGAGCUGGAGCGGGAGUGGGUCGAGGACGAGCGCGCGCUGCAGAAGCACGAGGAGGCGACGUCCACGAUCAACGUCCUCCCGGCCAAGGUCGUCGGCCGCACGGUGGUGGGGUUCGCGGGCCAGGCGCGCAAGAUCAAGCCCAGCAAGAUCAAGGCGCUGGCGUACGUCGUGCCGCACGGGCGGGAGGGCGACGACCUGCUCGGAGAGAACAAGGCGCGGCUCGAGGACCCGCUCGCGGGCGACGCCGCGCGCCCGGACCUGUUCCGCCGCGAGAGCCCCAUGAAGGUGUUCCCUCCCUCGGCGCUGGUCCCCGGGCACUACAAGCCGCAGAUUCGGAACGAGGCGGCGCGCGCAAACAUCCAGCCGUACCGGUACCCGUGGGAGCGCAUCACGCUCCUGUUCGAGGCGAAGAACGCGCCCACCACCGGAAGGCGCGUCAAGCAGAGCGCGGGGUCCAGCGUGUUCGUCACCAAGCACCUGCCUGUGGAGCUGCGCCCGCUGCCCGUGCGGCUCGUGGCGCGCGCGACCUGCGACGGUGCGACCGAGGUGCUCGACUCCAGCACACCGGUCCGCUUCGUCCCGGGAGAGACCGUCACCGGGCUGUACGCGCGCCUGGAGUACGCGACGGGGCGGCACGUGACGCGCGCGGACCUCCUGCACGAGAGCAGCGUGUUUGACCGCGUGGAGCUGACGGUGCGCCCGCGCGGGGAGCGCGAGGGGGUCACGCGGUCGUUCAGCUUCACGACCGGCGAGAUCGACGUCGACGCGGACGGCUGGUUCCCGCUUCCGGAGCUGGGCCCGGGGGAGCUCGACACGAGUCAUGUGGGCGCGUUUGACGCCACGGCGACGCUGGUGCUGGACGCGCUGCCGCACGCGGGCGGGGGCGGGGAGGCCGCGGAGGGGUGCAGCGCGGAGUUCGGCGUCGUGAUGCGGCAGGCGGGGCUCGGGGACCGCGUGGAGGUGCAGAUGGGCGGCAACAGCUCCGUGGUGCACGUGGGGACGAACGUGGUGCUGCACCUGCGGCUGUGCGACCUUUCGGGGCGCGCGUAUGACGACCACGGGCCGUUCGACAUGGCCGUGAAGAACAUCGACCUCACGCUCAAGGGCGCCGACGCGGAGCAGGCGCAGGUGGCGUCGUUCGACGCGGCCUACAACCUGACGGUGGUGCCCGCGGGGGACCACCUGGAGGCCACGCUCGCGGACAUCCGCGUGGGCGGCGUCCCGCAGAACGGCAUCGCGGAGGUCCACGCGGACGUCGAGGUGACGGUGGAGUACGAGGACGGCGCGAAGGUGCUGCGCGGCACGCUGGAGGGCCUGACGCUCAAGCCUGGGGUGGCGCACACGGCGUACUGCGUGAGCUCUGAGGGCGGGACGUGGCGGGUCGAGGGCGAGAGGUCGGUGAUCGAGGUCAAGGACUACAGGAGGGUGCCCGUGGCCGCGGGCCUGCGCGACGUGGCCGGGAACAACACGUGGACCCUCGAGUCCCUCCCCAACCUGGGGUUGGAGCUGGCGUCGGAGCUCAGCGCGCAGACGCAGACGGAAACGCAGGCCGAGGAGGGUACCAGCACGGUCGUGGCGUUCGAUCUUGCGAAGAUGAUGAGGAAGCGGAAGGUCACCAUUGACGGUCUGAACUUCGUCAAGAUGGAGUACAUCAUGUGGUCGUGCGCCGCCGGGGGCAAGAGCGUAGACGUGCCGAUGAAGGCCAGGCUACAUACCAGGAAGAGGGGGGAUGAUGACAGCGGGAGCACGCAGGACGGGCGCUGGCCCUGGACGCCCUUCAUCGUGCGCAUCGUGCCCUCGGUCCUCGUCGUGCCCGCAGGAUUCGUCGACAUGCCCCGGUCGACAGGGGUCGGCCUGCGGCUGUCCCCGCUGGAGUUCUCCGCGGGCACCUUGGUGACCGCGACCGUGACCCUCCCCAUGCUUCACCCGCCCGAGCACUGGGUGCCACACGGCAACGCCCUGAAGACCUGGGCGAGGAAGCAAGCCCUGGGAGAGAAAGGCGACGAUGCCCGGCUGUCCCUCAAGAUUCAAAGCAAGAACAGCGCCGACGUGGACAACGUCGACGAUCUGCUCACGGGCCAUGGCUGGAAGAUCGUGUCGGCAGCGACGACGAGCGACCCCCCCGGGCUGGUCCUCCAGCUGGCGGGCAAGUGCCCUGCGUCGGGCAUCGAGGAGAGCAUCGUGGGGCCGUACACGCCGGGCGAGAAGCUCAUCUACGCGGCGUGGGAGGAGCGGGACCUCCCCGACAGGCCCAAGAAGACGAACCCGCUGCUUCUGGAGCAGUGGGACAACAAGCACCGCGUCCUUCGGUGCGUGGAGUCCGAGGAAGUCUGCGCGACGAUCCUCCCCGGCGAGCUGUCCGAGGUCGUGCUCUACCCGCACGGCACGGCCGCGCCGCCCCCCGGAGCCGCCGCGCCGCCCGUGGUGGGGGACAAGAACCGCGUGUACAGCGUGGGGGCGGAGCUCGAGCCGCUCGUGCUGGCGGCGCGGGACUCGAACGGGCACCCGUACCCGCUCAGCAUGGAAGUGAUCAAGGGCCUCGCGAGGGGCGGGCUCGCGUGGAGCGUCGGCCUGGAGAAGCGGCCCGCUCGCAAGAACCUGUCGGUGGCCGACGAGGAGUGCAUCAACAGCCUGACGAUAGACGGCGGGGCCGUGAAGCGCGGGGAAAGGGACGGCGAGGUGCUGCUCAAGGGCAUGAUGCUCGCCGGUGCGCCCGGGAGCACCGCCAGCAUCACCAACCUGCGCGUCACCGCCGAGGUCCUCGGGCUGAGCACCGCCGCCACGUUGAAAGCGGCCAUCAUCGUGGUGUUCAAGCCCAACCCCGCGGACGAGCCCGACGACACGGACAAGAUCGAGGCCGCGAUCCACGCGGCGCAGCACCAGGGCCGCGAGGCGCUCCGCGAGAUCCAGUCCAAGGACAAGAAAACCCUGGGUUCGGCCCUGCGCGUCAAGAUGUUCUUGAAGGAGGAGCUGCUGCACCUGACCGAAGUCGCCGGGCCCGUGCAGAGCGUGCGCGACGUCGCCGAGGCCCUGUUGGCGAUCAAGCCGGGCACUAGGUGGCACCAGCACCCGGAUCUCACCGCCGAUGCACUGCAAGACCAGAGCAAGAAGCUCGCGGAGAGCCUGCAACAGCUUGACGAGCUGAUCAGGAAGUGUCUCGGCGAUGACCGCGGGGGCGGAGGCGGCGGCGGCGGAGGCGGCGGAGGCGGCGGCCGCACUCCUCAGAGCGCUGGCAAGCGCACGCGCUCGAGCGCGCGGGGCGGCCCUGCGGCGUCGGCCGACACGCAGAUGGGGGCCGAGGCGCUCGCGGAGCUCGGCACAGCGCCGUCGACCAGCAAGGGCCGGGGGAAGAAGAAGCGUGCGGGGCGCCUGCGGAGCCAGGUGCCGCCCGAAGAAGACGACCCGAUCAGCGAGGACGAGGAGCACGUCGCCAGCAAACUCAAGGACAUUCUCACGGUAACACAGCCCUCCCACUCACAACCGCCGAUCCCGCUGUAUCUCAUCGUGAGCCUCGCGACCGAGAAUCCGCUGCGACCCUGCUCUGCGGUGACUGUGCAGCUCGACAGGCCGGUGGCGGAGCUGCUGAGCAAGGCGCACGGCACGACCGUGGCGCGGCUGGCCGCGGCGUGCCAAGCGCUCUUCGGGUCGGACCUGAACCUCCCUCUGUAUGUCGGGAAGCUGCCAAGCGGUGCCCUGGGGUCGCCGUGCACCUUCCUGCGGGACUGCAAGGCCGACCAGGCCACCAAACUGAUGCGCACGGAGCCCGACGGGCACCUGUUCUCGCUCAUGGACUGCAACCUGGUCCAGGUCACGUCCCAAAUCGUGCCGGCGAAGAGCUUCCACGCCAUCUUCCACUACCUCGCGCGGAUGCGUGUGUACGCCCGCCAGAGCGACGCGCACUUGGCUCUCCAGAAGAGCGUGGCGGGGAAUCCGCCUGGGACGCCCCUGCGCGCCACCAGCCUCGACGCGGACGGGCGCUUCGUCCUGAUCUCGGACGCGUGCAGCGUGCGUGCGGAGCGCCCCGCGCAGCACGCGGGCCGCUCGACGCAGGGCGGCAACAAGCUGCUGAUCGAUUGGGGGUCGGGGUCGGUGCUGGACGAGCUGGUGCGCCAGGUCCAGGGGCUGAUGAAUGCCCUCGAGAGGCUGCUGGAGGCGCGGAUCGAGAUUUCGGUCCAGGAGAGCAACAUGCAGGGCGGCGACAUGUUCUGA